AUUUGUACAGUAUUCGACAUAAACAAUUGUCAUCUAUUUCACAUCAAUAGAAUUUAAUGUACUAUAGCAGACGUUAUCAAAUUCUUUUCUUGUGUCUUUUGUUAAAUAUUUUGGUGUUUCUAUUGUUAUUUCUGUCCCAACCCGGAGCAAAUGACCAUACAGAAGGCAAGUGUGGUUGUACUGUGGUUACUCAAGUUAUGUACUAGUUACUGUUAUGUACGUCAUCAACAGAAAGGUUCAGCCUUGACUACCACUACCUCUCAUGGCUUGGUACGCAUCUGAUUGGUUAAUCGGAUAUAUCAAAUGCAUGUGAUUGGUUAAAUUAUAUGGUCCCUUAGUGGUAGUGUAAGUCAAAUCUGAACCUCUAUUGGUUAGUCGGCAGAUGGUGGUAAACAAGUGUGAAUGACCAUGCUGCAUGAUCUAUAGCCAUAUUCAAACAUGUUACCAAUGUAUAUGGUAAAUGUUAACCCUUUAAGUGGCAAUGUGCCCUACUUUAUAUCUGUCUAAUGCCAGAUGAUUUUACUCAUCAGGGGGAGAGUGCUGCCACUUAAUGGGUUAAUGUAUGAUUGGCCAUUAUCAAUUCUCACUCAUUGAAUUGUAUUAUAGGUAGACUUGCCAAAUUUAUUGGUGCCAACAUACCAUUUACUGUUGUGAUUAAUGAGUUUGGUGAGUAAAAAAGAAUAAGAGACAACAUUAUGGAUGGUAGGAUGUUGGGACUAAUGUGGUUCUAGGACUUGUGUCUUUUAUACACCUCUGUUAGCUUUAGAUAUGAGCAGAGUUUGAUUCCUGAAAUAUGCAGUUUUCUGAUUAUAAUUUCACUUCAGUCACAUGUGAGAAGAGUGCUUCCAGUUUGACUCUACCAAACACCACAGGGUUUCUUAGGGUACUCCUGUUUCCUACUGUAAUAACACAGCUGGACUAGUAAGGCAAUUAUUAGAUUUAUUCAUAAAUAUGAAUUAAUUUUGUAAAACUUCAUUCUUGCAGAGGAAUUUGAAAAUGACAUUUCAAGUACAGUUGAGUCAAUCCUGAAAGUAUUGCCUGGUGUAAAUAUAUUGAUUGUCAGCAAGAACAAACCAUAUCCACCUUUAGAUACACCUGAGGAGAAUGUCAAGGUUAAGAAUAAAGUUCAGAUAAUUUAUACAUUAUUAUUAAUCCUCUAUUGCAUCAUAUCUCAGCUAAGCUUCCCACUCUAAUAAUCCCCGUCUCUAAUUAGCCUUCUCUCUAAUUAUCCCCCUCUCUAAUACGCCCCUCUCUAAUAAUCCCCCUCUCUAAUAAUCCCCUCUCUAAUUAGCCUUCUCUCUAAUUAUUCCCCUUUCUAAUAAGCCCCUCUCUAAUAAUCCCCCUCUCUAAUUAGCCUUCUCUCUAAUAAGCCCCCUCUCUAAUAAGCCACUUUCUAAUAAUCCCCCUCUCUAAUUAGCCUUCUCUCUAAUAAGACCCCUCUCUAAUAAGCCCCUCUCUAAUUAUCCCCCUCUCUAAUUAGCCUUCUCUCUAAUUAUCCCCCUUUCUAAUAAGCCCCUCUCUAAUAAGCCCCUCUCUAAUAAGCCCCUCUAUAAUAAUCUCCCUCUCUAAUUAGCCUUCUCUCUAAUUAUCCCCCUCUCUAAUAAGUCCUUCUCUAAUAAGCCACACUCUCUAUAAUGUUCCCUCUCUAAUUAGCCUUCUCUCUAAUUAGCCUUCUCUCUAAUUAGCCCCCUUUCUAAUAAGCCCCUUCUCUAAUAAGCCCCACUCUCUAAUCAGCCUUCUCUCUAAUAAUCCCCCUCUCUAAUAAGCCUUCUCUCUAAUUAUCCCCCUCUCUAAUAAGCCCCCUCUCUAAUAAGCCCCACUCUCGAUAAUGUUCCUUCUCUAAUUAGCCUGCUCUCUAAUUAGCCUUCUCUCUAAUUAGCCUUCUCUCUAAUUAGCCUUCCUGUUUUAAUAAGCUCUCUCCCUCUAAUAAUCCCACUCUUUAAUUGACCCUCUUGUAGUUUCUAAUAAACCUCCACCUUUGGAGCAAGAAAUUUAUUAAAGCCCCCCUCUCUAGUAAGUUCCCCUCUUCAUGAAAAAGAAAUAUGUGUGUAUUAAGUAUUUCUGUUAUUUCAAAAUUAGAUUGUUGUUCAAGAUCAACCACCAAGCAAUCCACAACAAUGGGGUGAUCCAAUGUUGUAAGAAAAAAAUUCUUUGAUUUAUAAAAUUUUGCAUCAUAACUAGGUAUCAUUGACCACCAUUGCAAUGACUGCAUUCCUCUUCAAUCAGUCUUUGUAAAAACUAUUUAGCCCCCUCAAUAAGCCCCACCUUAAACAUCUGCCCUCCUAGCAGAGGGUUUAGGAUCCUACCUAAGAUUUAACCAAAUGUCACAUUCUCAUUUCUAGCUAUAUCAAAACAAAAUAUGUGUUAAUGAUACCAGAUGCUAUACGACUACAUAGUAUUCAAAAACUUAAAUUCUUUGACUUUGAAAUUUUGGAUGGUACGGAUGGUAUAAGAAUUGCUGCUUUCCAUGUUGACAGUCAAUACCAGUGUGCUCAGAUGAAAGUUGAUUUAAGGUCAUGAUUUAAAGAUUGUUUAUAUAAAGAAUUACUCAAUUCGUCUGUUGAAAUAUGUUUGACUUACAUGCGGUUUUUUCUUCUUUGGUUAAUGAAACAUGUCUGAAUUUGCUUUAGACAAUGGACAUUGUCUUACCAAGAAAAAACACGUAAGUGUUGGUAAAUAUUUAUUGCAUGUGAGUCCAGUUUUACUCUACCAAACACUAUUGCUUUUCUACAGGUACUCUGGUUUCCUCCUGUGGUGGUACUGGAACAAUAAGAGAUUAUCCUUACUCCACCACUAGGGAGAACAGUUUAGAAAUGAUAGAGCUAUGCAUAAGUUAGAUAAAGUUUAGUAUUUUGCUUUGAUGUUACUCUGCGUGUAUAUCCACACCGGGCAGGCUUGAAAAAUAUGCCUGGCCACGGUGGGAAUCGAACCUACGACCUUUGGAAUACUAGCCCAAUGCUCUGCCAACUGAGUUACGCGGUCAGGUCGGUUCGAGUAUGUGAUAUUUCGGAACUGAGUCUAGUUCCUUCGAUAUCAGUGUAAUCUAAUAAUCAUGAUAUUUGCUGUCUUGGUGUAAUGUACUCAGGUGAAUAAGAUGCUUGUGAAUCACAAGCGUCUUAUUCACAUGAGUACAUUACACCAAGACAGCAAAUAUCAUGUUUAGUAUUUUGUUUCUUUCCAGAUGAGAGAGUCUGUGACGCCAUAACUGGCUCUUCCAAAGUUAUUUUGCUAUUGCCAACUUCGUGUUUGGCGAAUCUCAGUGAACCAUUUCUGAGACCUUACCCUGCAGGUAACUGUUGCACGUCACUCCAGAAAUGCAAUCAACUUUUCAGUGUAUACUUAAAUCUUUCUUUUUUUUCUUAGCCUUGUUUAUCCAGUUCGCUGCAAGGGGUUGGAAAACGAUCGUUCGUGAAGACACAAUUUUCACCAAAGGAAAAGAUCUACUUACUGAUGGACAUAAAAGGUAAUUUUCACGAAGGAACACGGCACUUUGUAAUUGACAUUGUGGGCAAUGAAUUAUGGAAAUAGGUGGCUCUCACUAAGUGUUUCUGACGAUGGACGAAAUUUUGACACUUAGAGGAGCAUUGAACUACAUCUACGUUUUCUUUUAGGUGGAAAGCUGAACAGAAAAAGAACAUACGAUUGCUAAAAUUAUAUAAAAGGUGUGAGCUGUCUACCUACAUAUGAUUUAUAUGCCUCAGGUUUAUCAAGCUUUCGUUGCUAGGGAUGCAACUACUUGCAAAAUAUAAGGAGAAUUUCGACGUUUCGAGCGAACACUUCGUCUGGUUACUUCAGACACGCCCUGCUCCAGACGAAGGGCGUUCGCUCGAAACGUCGAAAUUCUCCUUAUAUUUUUCAGGUAGUUGCAUCCCUACCAACGAAAGCUUGUUCAUUUGAUUCGCACUACCUACACUAGCACAGACAUUUCAAAAUUAUAUCUUAUCAAGAUUAAGAGGUUUAUCAGUUGUUUUUGCUCAAGCAUGUUGAGGAUAUGUUGUUUUGUUGCUGUAUAGAUUUUCUGUAAAACUGGUCAACCAAAAUGGCAUUCACAACUGGUACGGGUGUACUAAAGUAAGUAGUGCAUGUUUACGAAAGCCUAGAAGCACUCUUUCACAUGGGGCUACUGAGAGGAAUAUAUUAUACAAUAGACCUUACCGAUUAUUCUCUUUUACUCAAUGGCCUCGUUUCCAUGUUAACUUAUUUUAGCCUGUCGGAGGCAGAUAAAGAUUAUAUUUCCAUGUUUUCCUGGACGAAUUUGUUUCUUGCUGUUCUUAGGCUCAAUAACAAAGUAACUUUUAACUGUACUAAGCACAGAACAUAAGUAAGUAUUUGACAUGAAAACGAGACCAUUCGUUAAAAGGGAAUAAUCGGUAAUGUCUAUUGGACAUUUUAGGAAUGGGCGGGCCAUUCAUUUGAAACGCGUAGCGCCCUCAGUAGGAGUGGUUCCCAUUUUUAAUGGAAUGGUCCAAAUGAACUCCGUUGAGAGACACUUUUAUUUAAUAGUGCCACCACUGGUUGUAUGUUAUUUAGGAGACAGCGCGAUGUUUUGGAACAGUAGUAGAUGACAUGCCUGAAUAUAUUUACGAAGGAAAGUGGACACCGCCCUGUUGUAUGCGUGAGUAGUAUUAUUGGUGCCUUUCAGACAGCAAGUGUCACAGAACAGCAGAUGGUCGUCGACUUUAGAAAUGUUGGAACCAGCAAGUUGGACAUGUCUUUUGGAUUGUCUAUGGUUAAACACAUCUUCCGAUUCUUUCGUUUUCCGUCACGAAUGAUGUUUAUUUUUAGCUUUGCUUCCACCAUGAUUUAUCUGUUUUAAUGUUUUAGGUAAUUUAAAGGAGACAACGCGAUAUGUGUUUCGAACACUAGCGGAGGCUGGAGUCAGUUAUUGGCUUGAAGUAAGAGUCAAACAAGUCAUAGAUUGUUCGCUUACAUCUUCGUUCCAAGGGCGCCUCGGCCGCUUGCGUUGCGGAAAGGCAGUCAACAACACGUGGGAGCAAGGAUGGUUUGUUUACGUCUCUUUUUUUGUUUAUUUGUGUAGGGUGGUAGUUUACUUGGAGCGGUGCGGAGUGGUGAUAUUAUACCCUGGGAUUAUGAUGUUGACAUUGGAAUGUAUCAGCAUGAAAUUAAUAAUGUAUACUUGGUUUAUUUAUUUCCGUGAUUUCAUUAAUAUGAAUUUGAGAGAAGUUCUAUUAUAAUUUUUACCAUCCUUUAUUCUUCAAUUGCAUAGUGUAACCAGUUGCGACAUGUUCAAGAAUCUGCCCAGAAGAAACACAUUGAUAAUCAAGGUUUUGUUUGGGAGAAAGCAAGAGAAGGCGAGUUUUUCCGAGUUCAGUUCAGUGAAACGAAUCAUCUACAUGUAGGUAGGCGUGGUCACAAUUUAUUUAAAUUCAAGAAAUUAAUUAGACUAACUUUAUCUAUACUGUGUAGUUCUAUCAGUUCUAAACUGUUCUUCCUAGACGUUCAGCAAGGAUCAUCUCUUAUUGAUCCAGUGUUACUACAGGAGGAAACCUAAAUUAACCUUUAUUUACACUGGAUAGCUUUAUCAGUUCUAAACUGUUCUCCCUAAAGAUUCAGUAAGAAUCAUCUCUUAUUGAUCCAGUGUUAUUACAGGAGGAAACCUAAAUUAAACUAACUUUUAAUUAUUUAUGCUGGAUAGCUCUAUCAGUUCUAAACUGUUCUCUCCCUAGAGAUUCAGUAAGAAUCAUCUCUUAUUGAUCCAGUGUUACUACAGGAGGAAACCUAAAUUAAACUAACUUUAUUUAUACUGCAUAGCUCUAUCAGUUCUGAACUGUUCUUCCUAGAGGUCCAGUAAGGAUCAUCUCUUAUUGAUCCAGUGUUACUACAGGAGGAAACCUAAACUAAACUAACUUUAUUUGUACUGGAUAUCUCUAUCAGUUCUAAAUUGUUCUCCCUAGAGGUCCAGUAAGAAUCAUCUCUUAUUGCUCCAGUGUUACUACAGGAGGAAACCUAAAUUAAACUAACUUUAUUUAUACUGGAUAGCUCUAUCAGUUCUGAACUGUUCUUCCUAGAGGUUCAGUAAGAGUUAUCUCUGAUUGGUUCAGUGUCAUUACAGGAGGAAAUCGGAGUACUGGAGAAACCGGGAAUGUUUUGUAUUGUCAAACUAACAAAGUGAAUGGUUUAAUAUUUCACUGUUUUAGACAUAUUUCCAUUUUACGAAAAGAAUGGUAUAAUGACGAAAAAUACGUGGUUUAAAACACACCGUCAAGACUCGGAAUUUCCUGCACAUUAUUUGAAGCCUUUGACAACUCUAGGUAGGGGAAUAUGCUAGAUGGAUUGUUUUGAUUGAUGGAUAAACUAUAAUGGUCACGAGUUGUUAAAUUGUAUUUAUACUUAUAUUUCAGAUUUUGCUGGAAUAAAAGCGUCAGUUCCCAACAAUUACAGAGAAUUCUUGGAAUUGAAAUUCGGUAAAGGUGUUAUCGAAAAUCCACAGUUUCCCAACCCGAAAAAGAUUAAGGUAACAUAUUUUGUCAGUUACGUUUUUGAUGAAUUGGAAACCCAAUUUUACUACUGUCUAUUACUUGCUUUCUAGAAAAGGAAAGCAGCAUUUCUUGAUGAAAGGUGA